AUGUACUUUUCUGCCCGUUCGCAGGAAAUUCAUCGUGCUAAGUCAUUACCAUCCAAUCAAUAUGAUUCUGGUCGAUCAUCAAAACAAAGUGAUAGUGUUUUAGGAGCAACAAACACACCAUCGACAAGUCAGCACACCAACUCGAUUGUCGAUGACGAUGACUGUAACCACGAAUCUGAGAAUUUUGAUCUUGAGAAAACACCAGUUCGCGUUCAAAAUAGUCUAGUGAUUAGCGGUACAUGCCAUUCAGGUGCUUACGUGUCUCAUAUUGAUCACAUAUCAGCAUUUUUUGUACAAUUACCAUCAUCAAUGAAAAAAUUUCAGACGCUACAUGCUCAAAUGAAUGAAUGUUAUGCGCAGCAUGCGGUAAAUGAAACAAUAUCAUUAAAAGAAAGUGACUAUUGUGUUGCUCAAUAUUCAAAAGAUAAUGAAUUUUAUCGAGCAAGAGUAGUAACUGUUGAGAAAAAUCCAAAAGUUAGAUAUGAAGUCAUUUAUAUUGAUUUUGGCAAUUCUGAAUGGUUGCCGACAGAAAAGAUUCGUCCAAUGUUUAGAGAAUUUAGUUAUUUACCAAUACAAGCUAUUGUUUGUACGCUCUCAGAGGUGAUGCCCUCAAAUUCUGGCCGUCCAUCUUGGUCUAGUGAUGAAGGAAAGCGUGCUGUUGAAGUAUUUAAGAAUAUGGUUCUUAAUAAAAGUGUUGACGUCACGUUCUUACCGAAAACAAAUUUAUGGCCAUUGUGUUUUGUGAAAAUUUCUACAGAUGAGGGACAGGAUAUGCAUACAUAUUUAACGAGUGAUUUAUCUGGAAAUAUUCUUGCCAAAGCAACAAAAGGAAAUUAUGAUCUCUUUGCCGAAUUCAAUUCAUUGUUACAGAAACGAGAUUACAUCCUGUACUCAAUUCCAUAUGAAGGCGAUGGAAAUGAUGAUCAUGAUUCUCAGACAUAUCAGGAAGAUACAUUUUUGAAAAAUUUAGUUGAAAAAGCAUCUUAUAAUAUUCUUCAUGCUUCUGUAAUAGAAAAAAAGCAUGACGGAACUACAAUAUUUUGCAAAAAUCACUUUUCAAAACAAUUUCUAUUUAAAUUAGAGCAAGUUUACAAUAAUUGA